GGUUGAGGACAUAGUCCCAGAUGUGUCAAUAAUAGAUGUGUUGCUAAGUAACAAAAGUAUUCACCAUCCUUCCGGAACCGGCUGAAGGCAGGUGGCAGGUUCACGACAUUCGUUUACCCUGCGGUGGUGGGACUUCAUGACAGUGUUUCCAACAAGCUCGCACCAUCGUCAAAACUCUUCUCAAAGCUCACGCAGCAAAACUAAACCGAGACUCGGGUUUUUGCCGACAGAGAAACUGCAGUAGGAUAUGCCGAGGAGAGUUUCUGCUACUUUUUUUGGGGAGUAGCUGGUAAAAUCCAAGUCCCGGAUAUCCUCGCAGGGACAAUGUUACAUUUUAGAACAGCAACAACGUGCACUAUUGCUGAAUCACCGGAGCCUGUUCGGAGGAGUAACAUUCGAAGGGUCCGGCUGACUCUGCACAACGAUGGCAACUCGACCUCAACGGGGGAUGAACCCGAAAAGAGGGGCAAAGCAGAAACGGAGGACAAACUGAAUACAGGAAACAGCCAGAAAUGCAGUGGAUUUCUCCAAACUGAAAGUGACAGAACACAAUCGUUAAAAUUGCAUGUUUCCAAUGGGUUAGGUCCAGAGAUGACAUCUCACAGGCGGAUGUAUGGAGUGGUGAAGAGAGCAGAUGCAAAUAAGGCUGAGGUGGUCGUGUAUGAAUGGUCAGUGAACCAGCUUAAAGAGGAAAUGAACUACAUUAAAGAGGUGAGACAUUCGCUGGAGAAAGUUAGACAACAAAUGUUUGGUGAGUUUAAUGGAAUGAAGAAGCAAUUACAAGAACUCUCAAGUGAAGUGAAGGCAUCUGAGGCACGGCAGGAAUUGCUGCAGAAGGAGGUGAGGAGCAACUCUGCAGCCCUUGAGCAGUGCAGCCAGACGAACAACUCCCUUACAGCUCUGACAAUUGACAUGCAGAGAUCUUUCCUCGAUUCGACAGUGGUUGCCAACAAGAAGAGGGAGGAGAUGGAAUCACUCCGCAAGAAAUAUCACAAAUCACUGGAGCAAAUGAAAGAGAAGGAUCAGCAAAUUGAGAAUGCACAAGCUGAAAAUCAGAUUCUCAAACUAAAGAUAGAAUCUUCCCAGGAAGCCAAUACCAGUGCGAUGCGAGAUAUGACCAGGAAGCUCUAUGAUCAAUAUGAAGCGAAACUGAAAGACGCCAAGAAACAGCACCAAGCUGAAAUGGAGGCUAUUCAGGCCCGAAUAAACCAGGCUGUCCAAGAACUGGAAGAAGCCAACAAGAAGGCUGCAGAAGCAGAACAGAAAAUAGCAGAAAGGGACCAGAGGAUUCAAGAACUGGACCAAUUCGUUGCUCGAAUGGAGAAGGAGCGUCACCUUUUACAACAGAAGUUACAAGAACACGAGAGACAACUCUGGCAGCUCCAACAAAAGGAUGAACUAGACUCAGGAAACCUCAGAAGGUCUCAGAAACUGGAGGAGGAAGCUGCCAGUCUGCGGGAAAGAAUUCAGCACCUGGACCACAUGGUACAUUGUCAACAGAGAAAAGUCAAGCAAAUGAUUGAAGAGAUAGAAGUCCUGAAGAGUAAAAUUGAACAAAAAGAUGUGACAAUCGAAGACCUGAUGGAAAGGAUUUCAUUUUUGGAAGCUGAGAAUAAAGAACUCCAGGACAAACUGGACUAUAUGAUGUCUUUGGAGCAACGCAAAAUGGUGCAAAGCAGUGAACAAGCAGUUUCAUGUGAUAUUCCCAUCAGGAAUACUCCAAUACAAGGCAGGCAAAAUGUAACCACUCCAUACUUGAGGUUGAUGGAAUUGAGUGAACAGAGACAGACACGCUGAGGAUGCUACUUUUUAAACCAUAUCCAUGUACGGCUGGGUGAGUGGAGCUGCCCGACAGAAGACCCUUUUUGAGCAGUGUGGAACUGGGGCUGCUUCGAGCUGGUUCAACAUGGAAGUGACUUCUUUAUUAAACAAGUGCAAUACCAUUUAAAUCAAAGGAUAAAAGGCCUCCAUGCUAAUCUAUUAACUUCAGGCAAUCUCUGUUUUACAAGUGAGUUAAGUUUGUAAAAAUAAUCGCAGUAUUUAUUAUUGAUGUAUAUAUUUUGUAUUAUAAUGUGUUAUGCUUGUUUAGGAACUGCCUUGAUUUUAUAAAUAAAUAAAAAUAUAUAUAUGUUAUAGACAAAGCAUGAUAUUUAAUUAGAAAACAAAUCAUGAAAUGAUCUUACAAGAUUAUUCUCUAGAUAUUAAUGUCCUUAAAAAUUGUACAGACAAAUAAAUGGUGUUACUGUCAUGUAAGCUACUAUCCAUUGUCCAACACUACAAUUAAAUGUGACCAUUACAGCUAUGCCAGAGUUACUCCCCUCAUUCCUAUCAUAACUGAAUAUUACAUACAAUAUUAACUUGCAUUCUGCAUAGAGCCAUGAUAUGUAUGAUUUGUUGUAAUGAAUUGUAAUUCUUAACAAAUUUUCAUUUAAAAGCAUAGAAGUGAAUUAUGUCAAUUUUGGGCCCAAACGCCAUCUUAAACUGGUUUGUUUG